CUGGCAUUUAGUAGAGCCAUCAAAACCUUAUUGUUUAGUAACAAACUUCGACGAGAGCACACAAAAAUUCGAAACGGAAAAAGAAAUCAAAUUUGUUCUCCACAAUUUAUUUAAGUUUUCCUUUUUUCGGGUUAUUACCAAAAGUUGGAUCGUGCUUCCCAGCAAUCAGAAUGGUUGAACUAAGGAAAACCGUACGUAUGUUCAGGAUCGCCAAGGCCUUUUGCUCCGCUCUCUACAACGAUCGGUUCUUGUGGACCUUCGUCAAAAGCUAUGGACUCUUCGCCUUGGCCAUUCCCAUUGCCAAGUCUUUCGACGGCUACGAGGUCCUGCCCCGUGCUCUACCAAGUUUCUAAUUCAAGUAUCAUAUAUCAGCAAGGAUGAUCAAGUUUGUGGAUCACUCUUGCUAUGAUCUAUUCAAGUUCUAUUCAACAAAAAUUCUACCAAUAAUUUUUGGCGAAAAUAAUGGGGAAAAUGUCUCUUGGAGAAUUGGUGCGUAAAUUGGAUGUGCGUUCUCAUCUCGGAAAAUUGCUGAAAUUGUAUGAAAUAUUUGCGGCAUUGGUGCUGUGAUAAGAUUAAACAACGGACUUCCCCUG